CCCUCGCAGGUGUGUGCUCGUCUGGCGAGGCGCUCGAUCGCGCGCGCAGUUUCAGUCGGAGAAGCGAACGAAUGAGUUGCAUAUCGGUUUUUUCCCUCCCCCUCCCUCCCGACAUGUUUUGGAAAAUUUUGAUUUUCGAAUCGUGAUUAUUGAGUGCCGUUUUGUGGAACAGUUGGAGUUUCGGGUCGCUUUGUAAAAGCCGAUGCCGCGCGAGUCGAUGACAAUAUGUGUGCUGACACCCAUCUUUUUUGCAAAAUCGUUAAUAAAACAUUUUGCAACUGUCCAUAAUUUACAUUUUUAAGUUAAAACGAGCAUAUGUGAAAGAGUGAGGUGCAAAGUGUUUUCAGGAAAAUCCAUUUUUUUUCCUUGGGAAGCAGUUGUGGCUGUCGAUCGAGGUGACGCUGAACGAGGCCGGUCGUUGUGAGCAUGGCCGGGCACUGAGAGAGUCCUCGGGGCGCGGCGUGAUGGAGGUGCCGCGCUUCCCGGCGCCGCCGCUGCGCUCGAUAUCCCUGGACGUGUCCGAGCUCCCGGCGAGCCGGCGAGCGCCGGGGUGCAGCGAGCUGUUGGCGGCGGCGGCGCGCCGGAGAGCCAGAUCGGCCAGUUGGCUGGUGGCGCGGAGCAAGCAACACCUCGUGGUGCCGGCUGGCUCGCGUCGCCGCGUCCGGCCGGUCUUUGCGAGCACGACGACCCCGGGCCGGGCCCAGUUCGCUGCCGAGCUGAGGAUGGGCGAUGACCCCAAGGAGAGCCCCAACGGCUGGAGGGAGUCCGACGAGGAGGACAAAGACGAACCACCGAGGAGCUACGAGAGGGAAGACAAAACGCCGACGAGAACGAGGGAGGAGAAGCGGGCGACCGAGGAACCCGAGGACGUCAUCUGCUACGCCACUGACGAAGUCGGGGAUGAAAAACAACUGGACGCCAAUCCAAGGCCCCGAGCACCGAUGGCGCAAAAGCUCUCGCCCCUUCCCCCCCGCUCGUCCGAGGAGGACAGGAGUUUGGGCGCGCCGGCGGCACCAAAGCGGCAAAAAUCCUCGGGCAAGGACGCCUCCAUGCAAACGCACAACUUGGUCCUGUACAGGCUCAGGAUAUUCCCGACCCUGAAGGACAAGGCCUACGAGGGCAGAGAGUCGUUCUUUAUCUGCCGGUGCCUUCGCUUUCUCUGCAGGCUCGCCCUCUGUCAGUUUGGCCUGGCGUGGCUGCUGACGAUGUGGGCGGUGCUGGGGGCGUCCGCAUUCUACGUGACGGAAGGGCCGCGCGAGCGCCAACAGGUGGUCGAGCUGAAGCACAUGCAGCGCGACUUGGCCGUCAAUUUGGCCACGGAGUUGCGGCAGUUGAAGGCCGACGACAAGGAGACGGAGCCCAUGUGGAGUCACAAGAUACGGCAGUACGUGGCCAGGCACGAGAAGAUGCUCCUGAUGGCCGUGAGCUCGGGGUACGGCGAGGGAGGCGAGAGCGGACAACUCUGGACAUAUCCCGGUUGCGUGCUCUUUGCCAUUUCCGUGCUGACGACUCUCGGUUUCGGUGCUCCAGUGCCGCGGACGAGCGCGGGCCGCACGGUGACCGUCUUGUUCGGCUUCAUCGGCAUACCCGCGCACUUUCUCCUCGUCCUGAACAUCGGGCUCAUGCUCGCGGUGCGCCUCAAGAGGUACGGCAUACUCAGGAGCUACAGGGAGGAGUGCCAGAGCGAUCCGUUGGUCUACGAUUACCUGCCGAUGCCUACGUGGGUCAAAGUCACGCCGUUUCUCGGCCUGGGUGCCUACUACACUCUGGGCAUCAUAGGCUUCGGUUUCGCGCGCCUGAAGCCCGUGGCGGACUCUUUGCUGUUUCCUUUGGAUUUCACCAGUGGCGGUGGCCUCUCCACCAUAGCCGGCCACGUGCGCGUCCUCUACGGCUUGUACCUCGAAGGUGCUGUCACACUGGCCGCCUUUGCCGUGGCCGUGCUCAAGGUCUCCGCGACCCAGAGCCUUACGAACGUUGGGCUCAGGUACGGACUGCUCAUACCCGCUUGAAGGAGAUGCUCGAGGAGUUUUCUCGGUGUCAACGAAUCUUUUACAUUUCUAGCUGUAGGCUUGGUAGAAAGCGUCGGUUUAAUCUCACGGCUUUGAAAAAAAAAAUAAUAAUAAUAAAUAAAGUGUUUUCAACAAAACGUUUGUCUUGACAUAUUUAGGACACCGUUGAAAGUGCCGUCACAUCGAUGGCAUGUACAUUGUGUAUGUAUAUAUUUUUUUGUAAAACCAACAAAACGUGGACGUCGAUGUAAUUGGUGUGUACAUAAUACAUGAAUACGUGUUUCAUGCAGGAUUUUUCUUUCGAGCAUGUAAUUAUGUUGAACAAAACUUUUUAUUUUUCUGUGUACGUGAUCACACGUUUCGUAAAACACUUGGAUGAUAAUGUGAGUAUUUGUGUAAUCGAAAAAAAAAACACAUUCCACCAAAAAUUCAAGUGCAAGUAAUCUCUGUAAAAUAGUUUUUUAUAGGAAAUAAGUGAUUGUAAAAGAAUAAAGAGAAGAGAACUCUU